AUGGCCGAUAUGUAUGCGCGUGUCUUCUACAAUAGAUUAUUAGUUAAAGAUGACGAUGAUCGAUUUCUAUGUAACUGUACAAUAUCAGGAACAUUCGGUAAAUAUUGUGAGUAUCAGUUGACACAUGGCGCAACAUCAUUCAGUCAGGCAAUCGAAGCUCAGUUUCGACAAAAAGCCGAUGACUCAUGGAAUACACAACGUUACGGAAGUAUUCUCUGCUAUGGCACACUACCCUGUAGCUCAAAUAAUUUCUGUCUCGAUUGGCGGGAUAUUUGUGAUGGUAUUCAACAUUGUGCCGGUGGUAUCGAUGAAGAAAACUGGGAUAAAUUGGAAUUCAAUGAAUGUGAGGAAGAUGAAUUUCGAUGUACCAAUGGCAUGUGCAUUCCAGAAGAAUUCUGGCUUGAUGGUAACUGCGAUUGUAUGGACUGGAGUGACGAAUUGGAUUGUCUUAGAAAUCGAGGAUCAUGUUCUCUCGGUCCAUAUGCAAUGGAAUGUGAUGAACGUAUAUGCGAGCGUAAUGAAUACUUUUGUGGUGAUGGGGAAUGUAUUGAUUGGUUUACUCGUAUAGCAUUUGAACGAUCGAUGACAGUGGGGAAAGACUGUUUCAAUAAGCGCAAUCUAAAUUAUAUGUGUGAACUGAGCCGGUUUCGACGUGCAUGGACACUUGAAAGCGGAUUAUGUUGGCCAGAUGAAAACUAUAAUGAUAUUCGAUAUCCUUCGUGGAACAUGAUUCAUUUAUCAAAUUUAUCAAAUAAUGAAAUAUGUGAUUACCUAUUUCGAUGUGUUUUGACAGAUGGUCUUGAACGUGACUGUCCAUGCAACUACCAAAAUUGUACAAAAAUGAUGCUAAGUGUAUGUCCCUUAUCAGAUUAUUAUGUUCUCUAUCCUCCCCAAGGAUUGAUCAAUCCGUAUUAUUCGUUUUACUUCGACUAUAGUCAAUCUACGAAAAAUCCAAAUGCUGUCAUUUGGACAAUAAGUGGAUCUAUAAGAUGUCGAGGAUAUCUUUUUAGGGUUGAUGUGGGUUUAACGUCUUGGUUCAGGUUUGGUUGGUUCCCAACUGCUAACACUUACCAUGCACUUUGUUCUGAUGAACAUUCUAAUCGUGGUGAGCGGGAUUUUUCUUCAUCUCUACAAUAUGACGAGCACUGUUGGAAUGAUUCACUAACAUUCAAUGGACGUCUAUAUGCUGUUAAUCCUGACUUGUGUGCUAGUAGGGGACAAUGUAUUUCACAAUAUCGAAUUUAUGACGGACAUGAAGACUGUGUCGUCCCUUCAGAUGAACGUUUGAUUUUAGAGAACAGCUAUUGUACGGAAAAUGUUGGAUCAUAUCGUUUUCAGUGUUUUAAUGAUGAACACGCAUGCCUUCCAUUGUCACAAUUAGGUUCAGGUGUUAGUGAAUGUUCUAAUAAUUAUGAUGAAACUUGGUAUGAUGCUCGACGAGAAUUAUGUCGAACACGAUAUACUCAAUCGCCGUUUUCUGAAAUCUGUAACAUAUCUUUUGAAUUCGGAUGUUAUCUAUCACAUGUAUUGGAUCCACUAGAUAUUCAAUCAAAUCGCCCAUGUAUCAAUCUUACUCAGAUUGGUGAUGGAGCGGAAGAUUGUUACAAUGCUUAUGAUGAAAAAAACAUACUAAAAAGUUUAGCAACUGAAGAUAUGUUUGGUUUCGAUCUCAUUUGUGGAAAUAAAACAAUAUCAUAUAAUCUUGCCUGUGCUAAAUUUUUGAAGGGAAGUUGUGUUCUUACUUAUGAUCUGAGUGGAGAAACACCCAAUAUGUGCAUAUGUUCACAGCAAUUCUAUGGUCAUCAAUGUCAAUAUGAAGUGGCAACUGUCCGCAUUAAUUUAAAUCUAACAAGUACAUCAUCGAUGCGCGCAAGUGUUAUCCAAUUGUACACUAUUGUCGAUCAACUAAGUCAACUUUACAUUCGCAAUCAGCAAGUGUAUUAUGGUUUGCCAUCAAUGAUUCUCUACAAUCAUGUUGGUCGUUAUGCACCAGAGAUGGAUUCUUAUUUUACAAAUUGGAUCAAUCAAAAUGAUAAUCAUUCAUGGAUUGAUCAAGCAUUUGUCACUAUAUGA